GCAUCUAAUUGUUUAGUAUUAGUUACCAAUUCUUAGCUAUAAAUUAUUUUGUGUGAAAUAAUUUUUCUAAUUGCUUUUUAUGAUUAAUUUAUUUGGAAUUGAGUAUUUCCAUUUGUCUCAUAUAUUUUAUUAAAACCGGCACAACCGACGUGAAUACUGAUUGUACCAUGGUCGAACCAUUUCACUUUUAAAACCGGCACACCUGUAUAACCCGGUUUGACAAAAUUGAACGUCACUGAUUCCCAGGGCAAAAAAGGUAACUAAGCAAAAAAACUCGGCCCCCCGAGCUCUCCGCCCCUGUCUCCGAUCUUCUUGCGCAUCCGAAUCCCUAAAGCCCCAAAAAACUCCGAUCUUCUUUCGCUGCUGCUGAGAUGAACACGCAACAGACUGCUCAGCUAAAAUCUUCUGCCAAUGGAUUUGCUCGUCGAAGAAGUGAAAGGGAAAGCGGAAUGAGAUUGGAAAAUAAACAUCAAUCUGGGAAAUUAAACCAGAAUAGAUCGAUGAAUGCAAUUGGGACCAGCAAAGCUCCAGUUUAUGAGAGUCCAUCUCGUGAUCGGCUGGUAUAUCUAUCAACCUGCCUUAUUGGGCAUCCUGUGGAAGUCCGGCUCAAAAAUGGGUCCAUCUACUCUGGAACGUGUCACACCACAAAUGUUGAGCAGGAAUUCGCUAUUAUUUUGAAAAUGGCUCGCAUGACAAAGGACGCGUCUUAUCGAGGGAGUAAGCAGGAAUAUGUUAUGAAAGCUCCUUCGAAGACUUUAAUUAUACCCGGAAAAGAGGUUGCAGAGGUCAUAGCUAAGGAUGUACCUGUAACUGUUGCGGGGCAGUCCAAUGAGCUCCAAAAUGAAAGGCAUGAGGACAUUUUGAUAGAUUCAUCUAUAUCACACUCCCGUCACGUGGAACUGGAUAGAGAGCUAUCACCGUGGGUACCUGAUGAAGAUGAUCCACAAUGCCCUGGACUUGAGAACAUAUUUGACGGCCCUUGGAACAGGGGGUGGGAUCAGUUUGAAACAAACAAAAUGUUGUUUGGAGUGAAAAGCACUUUUGAUGAGGAGCUCUACACUACAAGGUUGGAGAAGGGCCCUCGAAUGAGAGAGCUGGAGAGGGAAGCAACAAGGAUCGCUAGAGAAAUUGAGGGCGAGGAUACAGAAGACCUACAUUUAGCGGAGGAAAGGGGCAUCAACCUUGGUGAAGAUUUUGAUGGUGAUGAGGAGGUGAGGUUUUCUUCAGUCAUCAGAGGCAGGGGGCUUGAUGAUAGUGGAUACGAUGAAGAUGAGGAUAUAUUGUUAGACAAACGGAAUACUGAAACAUUCGGUGAUGUACCUGCAUCAUCCGGUGCAAAGACUGACCACCUGCAUCGUGGUACAAGCAAUGACAGUGCCGGAGCAUUAUUAACCUCUUCAGUGGAUGAACCACAAUGUUCUCAAUCAAGUAACGGGUCAGAAUUUUUCCAGUCCAAUACAUAUGACCAUUGUAGACAGCAGGCAGAUGAUCUUCCGUGUAAAAGUUCCACUUCAGACUGUAAUGGAAGGUCUUUAUACGGGAAUCCCGAGAUUUUGCGAGUUGCACAAGGGCAUGAUAGCAUUAAUGCUAGCAUUGAGACGAAAACGGUAGCUGUGGAUGGCAAGUUGUCUAAAUCCAAUGAAUCCCAGUCUGCAGAGAACAGUCAGACUGCUGGCUUUGAUAGAGGUGGACUAUUGGCUGAUGCUCCUUCGGUGACAAGUUCUGUAAAGGAAAUGCCACCUACUGAACCAGAGGUUGUUUAUGUUAAAGCGGAUGGAGAAAGUUCUGGUGUUAGUGCAUGCAGACAACCUGGUACUUUUGCAUCAGGUUCGGAUCAUGCAGGUGCUACGUCAGCUUCUAGUCAUCCUGCUGUAUCUCCAAGCUCUUCGUUAAUUGGUUCCUCAUCUUCUGAAAAUUCAACUCUGAAUCCACAUGCUAAGGAAUUUAAAUUCAACCCAAAUGCAAAGAGUUUCACUCCUUCACAUUCGUCGCCAGUUCGACCUCCAUCACCGGUUUCCGAUGGUUCUUAUUACUUCACGCCAAAUGUUACCACUUUACCACAAAUGCACGGGAUGCCAGUGGGGAUUGGAAUGGGUCCAUCAUACAGUGGGCAUCAGCAUGUUCUAUUUAACCCACAAGUUGCACCACUGCGAUCUCCCCAACCUUAUUUCCAUCCUAGCGGGCCUCAGUAUGGUCAACAGAUGAAUCUUGGCCACCCGAGGCAAGUCUUGUACAUGCCAGGCUACCAACCUGUAAGCAGUUCUCAACAUCUCUAGACCUCCUUGGAAAUGGCAUACAAAGGACGCGACUUUUAGUGUCUGGGAGCUGACGAUUGAUGAUUACAAUUGCAUAAUUAUUCUUAGUGGGUCUACCAAGCAUGGUUUGCGCGAGGAAUAAACAUAAUUAGAGCCCCAUGAUGAUGAAGAGAUGGUAGGUUUGUUGGAACCCCUCAGAAGCAUGAGUCUAAAUAUGAGCCAUAAGAGACAAGUUUGACUAUGUAAUCUGAUCUACAAUCCAGUUUACCUGAAUUGACUGUCUGGCUUUUCCUUGCUCUUAUUUUAUUUUGUUCACCUUUGUUUUACCAUGGGGAUGGAGAAAAAUGAGAGAAAGAACUAGCAGUGUUGGAUUACUAACUAAAGUUAUUUGGGUUUCCAUUGUUGCUUUUGGUUUAUUUAAUUUGUAUGACUUGAGCGCCAUUGCUGUUCAUUUGUAUUUGUUGGUCAACUGUUAGGUAAGUUAAUGAAUGCUUGUCAAAUGAGCCGAGUCGAGUUUUACCCCAGGUUGAGCUUGACUCGUUAAUAAACGAGUCGAGCUCAGCUCAUUUAUUAACGAGCCGAGCUCGAUGUAGCUUGUUUACUAAAAUCUUGCGUUUUAUUUGGUACUUUAUUUUGUAUAUCAUGAUACAUAUGAUUUAUUUUGUUAACUAAUCUCAUAUUAUACUUUGCUGG